UAAAAUGUGAGCUUGGCCGAUCCAAUGUAAUGAGAAGUUGAACACAGUGGAAUACCUAAUAGGGUGGGGCGGCAAGAGAAGAGAGAUGUUGAGGCGGCGCCCGUGACCUCUCAUCCCUACACAGUACAUAGCAAAAUCUCUCUUUUUCCAGCCAUGAAUUCUUCUUCCUCCGACCCAUCUCAAACUCCAUCGUUCGAUCAAUCAUCAUCACAUUCACAGCCCCAUAAUGCCUAUAAUUAUGAACACUACAACCAACCCCAAUUCCAACAACACCCUCAUUCUGCUGGACCCUCACACCUCCAGCCUGCGCCGGUUGCCGUUUCGCACAACCCUGUGGCAGUGGCAGUGGUAGCCGGGGCUCUCGCGCAGCUUGUUGGGAACGUUGAUCGGGUGCCAAUGGAACCGAUUGGGCCAUCUCAGUUCAGAGGUAGAGGUCACAGGGGUGGUAGACCAUUUAGAGGCUUUGGGCGUGGUCGUUUCAGUCACCACCGUGGUAGGGGACGUGGAAGGGGUGGUGAUGGUAGACAGUUUUCAUCUCAUUCUUCUGAAUCCACCAUUGCGAAUAGUUCAGAUGCGCCUGCUGCUGAUGGAGUCACUUCAGUCUCUGGGCAAUCAUUUUUACAUAAUCCAGCACAAGUGCCAUCUUCACCAUUGCAGGCACCACAAUGUAAGUUAUGGUGUGAAAUUUGUAAGGCCGAGUGUAAUACUCCAGAAAUAAUGGAACAGCAUAAGAAUGGAAAGCGGCAUAGGAAGAAUUUGCUUGUGCAUGAAGAAGUACAGAGACGCAAAGCUCUAAAUGGACAACUGAGUGGAAAUAUUUCUACCUCUCAAUCAAAUUUAACAAUCCAACCCGAGGAAGUUCAGGAAUCUGAGAAGAAAGGAUUACCAGAAGAUAAUAUGGGUUCUGAAGCCACAUCUGAUAAUCACAAUAAUGAAACUGAGCUUCAGAAUAAUGUUGCAGCAGGGGUGUCUGAAGAGCCUCAGCAGGAACCUAAAGCAGAUGAGCCUGCCAUACACGGUCAUGGAUUCAAGCGUAAGAUGAGAGGAGGCAGAGGAGGUAAAUACAUGAGGAUUGAUGAUGGGUCAAGAAAACCUUUGGAACCUCCAAAGCCUAAGCAGGUCACGUCUUUCAUAUGUGAGUUGUGCAAUGUUAAAUGUGAUUCACAGGUUGUCUACAAUAGUCAUUUGAUAGGGAAAAAACACUUGUCAAAUUUCAAGCGUGUCUAUGGUCACCAAGCUAUGAAUCGAGAAGCAGGGAUCCAACCACACCCUCCUGUGAUCAAUACUCUAUCAAAUGCUAAUAAUUUUCCAGUCCAACAAGGUACUAGUGUUCCAACAGGUGUUAAUGAAUUUCUGGCUCAGUUCUUGAUGAAUGUGCUAUCCAAUAUUCAAGUACCAGCAACGGCACCACUGUCAGGUCCUGCAGCUGCUCAGAUACAAGUGCCAAUAUUGAUGGCUGGAUCAAGUCAUGAACCGACCUCUCAAAAUUCUUCACAGACACAAGUCUCAGAUUCCUUAGCACAUUUUAAUAGUUCUACUGGGGAAACAAAAGUUAAGAUGUCAUCUGUUGCACUACAGCUGGAUGAGACUGCAUGUUCAAGUAAUAACAAAGUUCAGAUUUCAUCUGUCGCUCUGCAGCUGGGUGUGACUGCAGGUUCAAGUAAUAAUGUUAACACUGAAACUGCAGAUGGAGGACCUUCAAAGGAAGAAACGACAAUUUCCCAGGAUAGUUCAGUUAUGACACCAGCAGAAAACCCAGUUGCAGCAAAUAAACAAGUACCUUCAUAAUGGGAAGCUCCAACAUCAUAGACAUUUAGCAAGGCUAAAGAAACUGUGAUCAUUUUCUUUUCUCUUCCAUGAUUUCAUUUUUCAUACUUUCACGUGAUUACAAGUUUAUAUUUUAGCACUGUUUGAACUAACAUAGACGGGGUUCACACACCUAGGCUUUAUAACAUGAUCUUUAAGUUAAAAUGUUAAGGUCAUGUCUACUUUGUAUUAAAAAUUGUCCUUAAUUUGUACAUGCCAGAAAUGCUCUAUGAUUUGCUGUUGAUGAUGUAAGGGUACAUGCCAGAAAUUUAAUGCUGUGCUGCAACUCCUUUGAUGCAGCUGCUGCAACAUUGUAUCUAUCUAUCAUUGAUCUAAUGUGGCUGAUUAAAGUUGGAUUAAAUGCGAGGAUUGACGCAAA